AAAGUAUUAGCAUGUCAACAUUUUUUGGUGAAACUUAAGCUUAAUUUGCAGUAGAUUAGUGACUAUAAAUUAUUCACAUAUACAAUAUGGCUGCAGAAUUUAACUCCAAAGUUUCUAAAGAAACUCUCGAUCAAGAUCGAUUUGUGGAAAACAUCGAUGUUGAUUCUUCAGAUAAAAACAUAGAUAUGAAAAAUUUAGAAUUAGAAACGCCGAAUCAAAGGCUAAAGGAAGAGGAUGCUGGUGCAUGUCUACUGGAUUAUUUGUAUAAUGAAUUACGUCGUGGGUAUGUGCUGGAAAAUGAAAAACAAAGAUACAUGGAAAGAAGGGAAAAAUUUUAUAUUUUCAUGAAAAUACCCAGAGAGAUAGAAAAAUUUAUUUUCUAUGGAUUUUUCCAAUGUGCUGAUGCUUUCUUGUUCAUCUUUACUUUUCUUCCACUUCGUUUUGCUCUCUCAGUUUGGUUUUUGGUUACCCGUUCUCUUCGACUGCUGGUCAGCUCCCUCCUUCAUAGGAAGUCAUCCUCUCCAAGACUGAGAGUUCUUCAGCCUGCUGAAAUAUGUGACUUUCUGAAAGGAAUAAUUUUAAUUUUAGUAAGCAUUAUGAUGAGUUAUAUGGAUACAUCCAUGUUGUAUCAUAUUGUAAAGAGUCAGUCGGUCAUCAAACUGUACAUAUUUUUCAAUAUGCUAGAGGUAGCUGAUAAGUUAUUCUCAUCAUUUGGGCAAGAUAUUCUUGAUGCUCUCUUCUGGACAGCAACAGAACCUAGGGAUCGGAAGCGAGAACACCUUGGAGUUAUUCCACAUUUCGGAAUGGCUGUUGGAUAUGUUUUUACUCAUACUGUUCUAGUAUUGUUGCAAGCCACAACAUUGAAUGUUGCAAUCAACUCCCAGAAUAAAGCAUUGUUAACCAUAAUGAUGUCCAAUAAUUUUGUAGAACUGAAAGGGAUGGUCUUUAAAAAAUUUGAAAAGAAAAACCUUUUCCUGAUGUCCUGUAGUGAUGUAAGAGAAAGGUUCCAUUACUUGAUCCUUCUAUUUAUUGUUAUAAUACAAACUAUGAAGGAAUACAACUGGAGACAAGAUCAUUUUCUGGUGUUAUUUCUUGACUGUGUGCUAGUAAUGUUGGCUGAAGUGGUGGUUGACUGGUUAAAACAUGCCUUUAUUACAAGAUUUAAUGAAAUAUCUCAUGAGGUCUAUAGAGAUUACACUGUGAGUCUAGCAUAUGAUAUGGCUGGAAGUAAGCUGAAAAAUGCUUAUUCAGACCAUUCUGACAUAAUUUCUAGAAGGAUGGGGUUUAUUCCUUUACCUCUUGGUGCUCUGGUAUUUCGGGUUGUGUAUGGUUCUGUACGAGCUGCAGGAUUCUUGGGAAAGUUUUGUGUUGCUUUAGGUUUCUGUUGCUUGCUUUGCCUGAAGAUUUUAAAUAACCUUGCAUUGCUUGGUAAAGCCUGUGAUAUGAUUGAUCAGCACCGACAGUCCCAGAAAGAAAAAAUUCCACCACCUCGACAGUAUAGCAGUUUACCUUCUAGUCGUCACCAUAGUAUCCAGGACCUUCCUAGUGCUCUUUCUCGUGCUAAGAGUAUGCCACAAUCUCCUGCGCCAAGUACGUCAUCAAGCAUGGCAGACAUAUCAGCUCAGGUGAAGCUGGUGCAGGAAUCAUUAGAUUCAGGACUUCUGUUUUCCAACAGUACUGUGAGCCUUAACAGCCUUGGGAUGAAUGAAGUUCUACUGGAAAAAGAUGGAGUUGAAAAACACAGUGCACAUGGUGAUGUGUACGGUAUUAGAUUUCGGGCUGGUAGCACCUCCUCUAGUAUACUAAAGAGUAACAAAGAAGCUCCAAAAAGACAUGUUUCACUACAAGAAACUGGAACUGUGUAUUUCCCUAAUAUUGACAAUGUAACACAAAACACUUUACGUGAAACGGAUGGAGGACUGAGCUUUCUUGUCAGUGAUGAUAAACCAAUUCAUGGUCAGUUGAAAAAAGCUGUUUAAUGAAUUAUGUAAGAACUCCUUGUUGUACCAUACAAGUAUUUUGUUUGUACCAUUGUGAAAUUUGGUUUAUUUCAGAACCAAAAUCAAGUUUGUGUGUAUAGUUUUUUUAUAGAUUAUAAAAGGUACGUAUGAUAACAAAAAAUGAAGUCUGUUUAUUUAAUGCAUUUUAAAACAUGUAGGAACUUCUCAGUUGUUUAGUGAUUAUAUGAGUAACAUUUUGGUUUAAAAAGUAGAUAAAAGUCUACUGCUUAUAAAAGUAUUGAUUUUGUCUAGUCAUUUUAAAAACUUACUGUUAUAAAAUUCCACUAGUAAUAGAACUUCAGUUAUUUCAUUCUCAGCUAACACAGUAUCUUCUUUUCUUUGUUGGAAAUGUAGCUUUAGAGAAACUUUACUUACAAAGGUUUAAAUCGUACCUUAGUCCCUUUCCUUAGUGAGAAAAAAGUGUUUGAACAAAUGAUGAAAGUUUAUAACUGAACAUUUUCAUGAUUAUACUAGUAUUAUGUUAUGAAAAGUGUUUCAUGUUAUAAAAGUUGUGCAUUGGAGACAUUUGCCAGAACCAAUUUCUCAGUGUAUUUUCUCAAAAGUACCAAAACUUUUAUAUGGCCUUGUAUGAUUUACAUGUAAAAAUGUAUGUAUGUAUUAAUAUAAAGAAUAGAACAUUGCUUUUAAGUUUUAA